AUGGAGAUCAUCGACCUCGAGUCGUCGGAGCCCCCCGGGUCCCGCUCGUCGCACCUCUUUGUCUCCUCGUCACCAACCCCUGCCAGGCGGCGACUUUUGCCCGUGAAAACGCCCGCCCCCAAACUCAGCAGACCAGCGGCCGGGGCGUCUCCCUCGUCUCUCCCGAGCAUCAUCGAAAUCAGCUCCAGCCCGCUCCCUGCGAAACGAAAGCGCGAACCAGACGAGCCGUGCGAACGCAGAAAAAUAGCCCUUCCCAGCUCCCCGGCCGCCGCCGGCGACGAGUCGCUCCUGGAGAUAGACCCCGUGGGUCCGUCAGACGAUAUUCAGUUGGGCAGCAUCUUUGAUAUCAGCACAAAAACGGCCAUCACUCCCUCAGGAGCCAAACAACCUGCCAGUGCUGCCCCUGCUCCCGCACCGGAUGAGUCCGGUGGGGAUCUUGACGCGCUGCUGGAGCACGCGAAAAAGUUCAAGAGCAAGGAGCUGAAACAGGUAAACAAGAUGCAGCGAACAAAGGACGAGCUGCUGGCCGAAAUGAGCGUUGAGGUCGAGACGCGGCUGCACGCGAAAUUGGCCGAGAUCAACGCCGAUUUUGACAGCCUGCUCGCGCCAAUCAAAGUGGACACAGCGCCCCUGUAUCUCCCGCUUAUCCAGUUCAAAAGACAGGUCAAGGCCGUGUACCACGAGCAAAAAGGCACGUAUGUUCCCAUUGAAACGUGCAUGAAGACAGAGUUGACUGUCGUGCUGUACUACGACGCUGCCGACGUCGUGGACAAGAUCAAGGACGACACGCUGCGCACGAUCAUCCUCAAGGUGAAGCGGAUGCGCCAGGACGCCAACGUUGUCCUCAUGAUCAACGGCUACCAACAACACUUGCAAACGCUGCGCGCACAACAUAAUAGGGCGUUUGUGAGCCAGGUGAUGCGGAGAAUGGACAACGACAAGACACAGAGGGUGCUGUGCCCUGCCAACAGCACGCUUUCCGCCGAGACGGUGCGCAAAAAGCUGGUCGAGCUAGAGGUAUUUUUUGGAAUCCAUAUCUUCCCCAUCAAGGGUCUACGGGAGCUCGUAGACUGGAUCAGGUCUUUUAGCUAUACCAUCGCGCAAAAGAGCUACGACCCCCGCGAGAGAAACCCGGAGCUGGCAAACAUCGGCAACAUUCGCUGCGGCCAGACGCCCGAAGAGUGCUACCAAGAAUCGCUCAAACAGUUCAAAUACCUAGUUACCUCUUCAGCACGCACACUCGCCAAGAAAUACCCCACGCUCGUGCAGCUUGCUGACAAGCUGCAGACCAGAGCGCCAUCGCUCAUCAGAACCGACGUCGAGCAGAACCUUAGGAAAGUGUUUACGAGCACGGAUCCCAACGAGUUGCUCGACUAG